AUGGCCACUCUUUUAGCCAUUCUCCACAUUCCUUUGUCUCCUACUCCCUGGAACCUUCUUCAGUGCACGAACGUGUUGUAUUUAGAGAUGUCCGAGGAAUACACAUUUUGUGGGCCUUGUCCCGAGGCAAAGGGUAUAAAUCAGAAGAUUUCGGGACGACUUUUUUCUGGGAUAUCAUUUAGGAGUUCGUUCAGGACUAAGGCGAGUACGGCUAGAUCAUCUAGCCAUAGCUACGGAGACAUUAAGUCCUCAACAUGUGCUCGUCACGCCAUUCAAUGUUUCGUGACGCUUGAGAAGACUAGCAAAGGUAAAGCCUGGAGAAUUGCCCUCUUCUCCCCGCGAGAAAGUACCAAGGUGUCGCGGUUGAUAAUUUCUCAAGAUACAUGCUCGUUUUACCAGCCUUCAAAGAUUAAUUUCAGCUUUGAGCAUGACUCAGAAAGAUCGUCACUAGGAAAUGGAAUCGAACUUACCACGCACAGUCGAGCCGAAUGGAACUGUCUGGAUAUGGCAACAUAG